UUUCAUUUGGUGCAUCACUAACAGACAAAGUAUUGCUUGACUUUUUCCCAAUUCUGAGUGCGGUAAUAUUGCGGGCUAGAAAGAUGCAAAAGAAGCCGCUGAACGCGAACACGCUGCUGGACAAGCUGCACCGUGGCGCUGUCUACGCCUGCAUCGGUGUCACCCUAUACGGCACCUAUAUGCUCGGCAUGCGCUACUACAACUAUUACACUGUGAUACGGCCGGAGAAGCAGCAGGCCGAGCUGAAGCUGCUCGACGAGGGCGCGCACGACAAGGCCAAGGAGCUGAAAUACUGAACUGCACCGCUCCUACAAUCUAUAUUUUUCGACAUUGUUUGUUUGUUAAGCGUAAUAAAUAGUUCCGACACAAAUUGUUAAACGCACGCGCGCAUA